AUGGACGGCCAGAGAAAGAAACCCCACGGCAACCCCAACAUCCGGAGGGGCAGCAUCAUCAAAGAGAUCGUGAAAGACUUAAUCGGCGGAGGGAGCACCAAGAACCCUGGUGGUGAUGGUAGUGACGGCGGCGGCGGCGGCAACGUCGGCGACAACGACGGCGAGAGGGGCAGUGGAGAUGCUGCCGGCGCCGCCGACGCUGCUGGCUGA